AAUUAAAAGAAAUUAUAUUUAUAUAAAAGCAUAAAAUCACACAAACCUAAGAGAUAAAGAGAAAGAAAAAAAAACUAUUUGGUCCUAAAGGAAACAUGGGCGUCGUCUGUCUGACCAACUCUUUCUGGUCUGCUCUGAAACCUUCGUCGUUUUCCGUGAAUUUCAAUUCAAAUUUCUCCAAGCGGAGGGUCAUCAAAGCUUUUUUCUUCGAUCCCAAUCAAGUGCCCAUCCUUAAUCAAGCUGUUAAGGAGCCAGUAGCCUUCAUGGGUGGGAUGUUUGCUGGGAUUUUAAGGCUUGAUUUGAAUGAAGAGCCAUUAAAGGAAUGGGUUGCUAGAACUGUGGAAGCCUCUAACAUCAGUGAGGAUGAUAUUUCUGAAGGACUCCAGGAGGAAGAAGACACCCCUCAACAAAUUGAGAUUGAUUGAAAUCUAAUCCCUUGUUUGCAAAGUUGUUCCAUAAUACCGCAACCUUACUCUUUCUUUCUUAUAUCUAUGGUAUUAUAGUGUAUUUGACUUGUAUCAA